UACACUGCAUGCUGCCUCUUUACUGCGUGGCCUUGACAGUAGUAGUUGCUCGUCCCAUUUAUUAUGCCAGAUUAUAGACUUUUUUGUAGGGGUUUCGGCUCCCCAGUAAUAGCGUUUCUCACUGAUCCGAAAAAAAAAUAAGGCCAAUAAUCAUUGGAGAUGGGAUGACCGAGGCAAACCCUUUAUUUUUUUCCACCUAUUUUUGUUUUCUUUUUUUUUGGGGGGGUUAUUUCUUAUAGCCUUUUUUUUCUACUUUUUGUAUACAACGAACCCUAUUAUAAAAAAAAAAAACUAUUAGCAAAAGCAGAGUUCAGUACCUAGUUUGUCCAUUCUUGCAUGUAUACAUCUCCCUCCUUGUCUGCACCCAUAAAACAAGAAAUGGCCGUACCACGACAUCAAGGAGGCAUCACAUCCGACCAUCGACACUCUCCCCCGAGACCAUUAGAUAAUCCGCCGCCAUGGAAUCAAGGCGUGAUAUUAGGCAACCAUUCCCCAUCCCAGUUACCGCCCUCCCAUUAUAUAAUCACACGAUCCGACUCUGACAAUACAGGAUCAAGGGAACAACUCAUGCCGUCUUCUUCUUCGUCUUCAUCCUUAGCCAACAAAUCAGCGUAUCCGUACCCGACUAUUAGCCAACAGGAGGCAGCAAAAGCGGCACGAAACUCCAAUCGAGCCGUUAUUCCUUCCAAACGAGCGGCUCAAAAUCGGGCUGCUCAAAAAGCAUUUCGUCAGAGGCGAGAGCAAUAUGUACGGGACCUGGAACAGAAAGCGAAAGAAAUGGAUGAAUGGAAAGAUGAAAUGGAUCAUUUGCGUAUGGAGAACCAGGAGCUCCGAGAUAUCAUUCGUUCGCUCGAGAAAAGGAUUUCGAAUCUCACGGGCGAACCGAUCCCAACGUCUUCUUCGUCCUUUUCAGCCCAAGGAACGUAUGCCUCCAGUGCAACCACGCAUCAUAAUACAUCACCAUCUACGCGUGGCGCUUCUGCAAAUGAUGGGCUGAAUCCUUCUACGCGUCGUCGAGCGAUUUCCGUAUCGGACACGAACACCACCAAUGUGAAACAGUUACGGACAGACAAUCGUGUACUAACGCCUAUACCUCUGCACGCCCCAAAACGCUCGGCUACUCAUCCUCAGUCUCACCCUGCUCCUUCGUCACAAGCUAAUGGUGCAAGAAAACCCGAUCAUGCCUCCGGUUAUGCGAUACCUGUCGAUGUCAUGCGCACUUCUUCCACUUUAUCCAUUUCCUCUCCAUCGGACCCUGCUCCAUCUCUCCCUUCAGCCCCUAGAGAUGAUACGAUUCUACCAAAGCACGCACCCGUUCUUUCCCCUUCCCCUUCCUCUUCCGGCCCCAGUGCACGGAUGAUGCCAUCAUUUGAACAACAACAACAACAGCAGCAGCAGGUCCACCAUCCCCACCAUCAGCAGCAGCAGCCGCCACAACAGGAACCGCCUUUAUCGCCAUCACGUGAAAUCAAACAAAUGAUGGAUCCGUCUCCGCGGAACGCAUCCUUGACUCGAUCUCUCUCCUUAUCUGCCACACCGCACUAUCUCCCAUCAUCUCGCCAUACUCUUUUGCCGACGUCUCCCCCUUCGAGCGAACCCCCUUCUACUUCCGAUUUGUUAGCUUUGCAACAUCCUGGGCAGGAACUGGAUAUUGCAUUUGAAUUUGAUCCUUUCUUUGACGAUGAGUUUGGCCCUUCGCCAACUACCAAUGACUUUGUGUCCAACGCUACCAGUGGUCAGGUGCUGGAUGACUUGUUUGCUAUGCUGCAGACACGUCAACGACCUCAGAUACCCGUUCAGCCUACUACCACUAUGCCCUCGGUCAUUGAUCACGGUAAUCGUUCCGACAAUAACUAUAUAAGCGGCAGAAUGAGCAGCCCUCGCUGAUCACAUACUGUUGAAAACCUUUGGCGAAUCGAAACAUGACCGUAUCUGUCUUUGUUGUAUUGACUAUCAGAUGUACUUUUUUUUUCUUCUUUUCUAUGC